AAGUGCGAUGUGUUCUCUCCGAAACGUGCCUGGAGUGGCCAAACCAUGCUGAGUGCGGGGGAGAGAAACCCAACGCUACUCCCAAGAUGAAGGCGGAGAGGCAGGCUUCCUCCAAAGAGGCAGGAGUCUUUUCACUUUUCCAGAGACUAUGCAUCCUCACCUUUUGCCUGGCAGUCGUCAGUGGAGUGAACAUCACCUGCCCAUCCUCUAUCAUAAGAGGCACCCUAGGUGGCUCAGCCCUGCUCUCUGUCAGGUACACCAGCACCAGCUCAGACAAGCCCGUCAUCAAGUGGCAGCUGAAGAGAGAGAAACCCGUCACUGUGGUGCAGUCUAUCGGCACUGAUAUCAUCGGGAACUUGCGGAGUGAGUACCGUGGCCGCAUCAUGCUCUUCGAAAACGGCUCACUGCUCCUCAACUACCUGCAGCUGUCAGAUGAGGGCACUUAUGAAGUGGAGAUCUCCAUCACUGAUGACACCUUUACCGGGGAGAAACGCAUGAACCUCACUGUAGAUGUUCCUGUGUCCAGGCCAUUUGUGAAUUUGGUGGCAUCCUCUGUGCUGGAGCUGACUGAGCACUUUACACUGAACUGCACUCAUGAAAGGGGCACAAAGCCUAUUUAUGGCUGGCUGAAGGGUGGGAAGUCUCUGACCAAUGACUCGCGUUUGCUCCUGUCACAUGACCAGAAAGUUCUAACUAUCUCCAGGGUGCUGAUAUCAGAUGAUGAUGUCUACGCCUGCACUGUGGAGAACCCUAUCAGCAGUAUGAAGAGCAUACCUGUCAGGCUCACAGUCUACAGACGAAGUUCUCUCUAUAUUAUCCUUUCCACUGGUGGAAUUUUCUUGCUCAUAACCCUGGUGACGGUUUGUGCCUGCUGGAAGCCCUCCAAAAAAAAAAGGCAACAGCCUGUGAUGCACAGCAGGCAAAAUGUAGAGCAGAACAAUGGCAAUCAUGAAGUUGCAGUUGAUAUUGUGCCGGGAAGGAGCUACCAUAAUCGUAAAGGCCCAGGUGGUUUAUAUGUUCUGAAGGAAACCGACUUUGCUGAAGAACAAGACGAGGAGCCGUGUAACUACAUCCACCCUUUGGAUCCGCACAGUCCUCCUUGCUAUCCCAGCACAUUCUCCUCUCCAGAUGCAUAUACCUACUCAGGAAGAAGAUACCCUCGCACUCCUGUCCCCUCUCCUCCCACAACCCCAACCACCACCAUGGCUACGGUGUCUUCACCACACCUGCAAAGCUUAACACGAAAGCCCCACCCUUCGGCUGCAAGCCCCACCCCCUCACACACAGAGGAACAGUCAACCGGACACGAGACGAGCAUUCACAGCCACAUUUAA